AUGACCAAUAACUACUCGGUCUCCUUUGAUCCCUUCCUCUACUAUCAGGACUCAGCUGAGACGAUCCCUGAUUCCUCCUCCACUGUUCUUCAGCCUAUGAGCAGAAGCAGUUCAAUCAACAGUGCUAAUUCUUCUCACUACAUGGAGAGUAAUAAUCUAUAUAACUUCAAGGUCACAAAGAACGGAAGGAAUAGGAAGCAGAAGAAGGCAAUUGACGAGAAGAAGAUGAAGGAAGGGGAGGAGCCUCCUGUAGGUUAUAUACAUGUUAGAGCAAGGAGAGGUCAAGCAACUGAUAGUCAUAGCCUUGCAGAGAGAGUUAGAAGGGAGAAGAUUAGUGAGAGGAUGAAGGUUCUUCAGGGACUUGUUCCUGGCUGUGAAAAGGUGGUAGGGAAAGCUUUGAUGCUUGAUGAGAUCAUCAACUAUGUACAGUCCUUGCAGAACCAAAUAGAGUUUCUGUCAAUGAAGCUCGCUAGUGUGAAUCCAAUGCAGUUUGACUUUUCUGUUGACUAUGAUUGUCUUGUCAACCAAACAGAGACAAUGCCAUCCUCUUUACUCCAUGCUAGCCUCACCCAAGCCACAAACCUUGAUGAAGGCUCAUCCAAAGCAUAUGAGACUAUGAUGAACCCUCCUCCAUUGUUGUUGCAGUGCCAAGGUUCCAUUCCCCUCUUUCAGGAGAAGGAUAGUUUUUUUAUGCAAGUUGGUGAUGAGAGACAAGAGCUGAUUCUCAAUAAUAUAGUUCUCAACAACAUGUGCUUGUUUCAGCAGGGAAGCAAGGGAGAGGGCCCAUAUUAA